AUGUCGAGGUGGUUGCCACAUCGCGGAAACCCCAGACUUGACUUCCUCUCUACGCUAGCGCUUCUAAUUUGUGUGUUGCAUUCUGCCCGGGCGGAAUGUACAGAUAGCCCAGCGGACCUUGUUUACGGCAUCAAUAUUGGUCCUUCUGUCUCCAGUGUUGGACUUGUAGGCCGAGGAAUCAUAAGAGUACCCACGGAAAACCAGAAUUGGAUAUACUUUCCACAGCAAACGUAUCAUUCACAUGGAAUUAAUCAUACACAAACAAUAGAAGUUCCAGAGUUCUUUUUGUCCGGCCAGGAACCCACUCUGCAGAAUGCUCUAUUCAACACAAGUCACAUGAUUUGCCAUAAAGACGAGCCAGAAUACUUUAUCCAGCGGGUGGUCCAUAACCCAUCAUCUUACCGCUCAUCCAAUGACGAUUUUUUGUCCAACGACACGCUGAAAACUCUCUUUCGCCAAAUGCAAGAUAUCGCGGAAGGUUGGUUCGGAGAAGCAGCGGACAUGGCAAUUGUCUCUACUCCGUACAAUUGGCGCGAAGAUUCCUCCUUGGAAACCAUCAGAGCUGCCGGAAGAGCUGUGGGUUUGAGAAUACCCAGGUUUACUUCCGCACCCAGUUCCGCUACUAUUGGCCACGGGCUGGACGGAGUACUGUGGGACGACGAGUACUUGCUCAUUUUUGACUUGGGCCGAAACAAUUUUGAAAUUACUGUGCUUCAAACCGAAGAUGGAGUAAUUGAUGUUUUUUCCUCUAGCAGAGACUCUGUCCUGGGCAGAGAAAUCGGAGCCUUUCAUCAGCGAAGAGUCGGUGAACGCAUCAGAGCCAGGGAGGAACUGCACCAGGAGACGAUUCAUCACAUUGAAAGUGUGUUAGCGGCUGCCAACAUCACAAAGGAGACCAUUUCACACGUCGUUCUGAGUGGGGAACAUACUCGACACCCAUUGGUUAAGUCUCUUCUAGACGGCUUCUUCAAUACAAAUCCUGCCCCAGUCCACUACCACGUUCUCGAUGAACGGGACGAAGCCGUUACGCUGGGUGUAGCCCUGCAAGCUUGGUUGCUUGCGUUGCCAGAUUGUGCAGAAGCUCAGUAUAUCGAAAUUAUGCCCCGUGCCAUCAGCAUCGCUGGCGUUGGUGGCCAGCAGAUUGAAAUAGUUCCAAAGUACAAUAUAAUUCCGUACCGCGGAACACUCAACCUCACAACCGCUACCGACAACCAAACUUUUGCGUCGAUACCAGUAGCUCUCGGCGGCUUCAAGAUCAGCGAGAGGAAUGACCACCUAACAACACUGAAGCUGGAAGGCAUUUCACCUGCUCGCUGCGGUGAGCCAACGAUAACUCUCGAAGUUACGGUUGAUAGGAAUAACUCUCAAGAUUUUAUCUUGAAGGUUGAAGCCACUCUGUUAAAUGCUGACGGGACUGCUAUGCUCAAAGAUUCCGUUUUCAUUGGCGAUUGGUGGCGCUUUGAAGAACCGGCGCUCACACAGGUCCUUGAAGAAGAAAUCGCUGUCGCGGAGUUUUUCAAUGACACUUGCCCUAACGAACCCUCUUGCAACUCAGAAUUCGAUGCCGCUGUUGCAGUAAAACUUUUCGACGAUUUAGACGAGUUCAGCAUGACGCUACGUGCCAAGGAAGAAAAGGCUGCGGGAAGAUAUGCCCGCGCCCUUUGUUUCUACGAAAAGUCACUACCUUACUUUCCAAUUGGGCAUCCGGAACUUCUGAAGGAGAUAAAGACGCUAGGAAAGCAAGUAAAGACAGAAACUGAUUAUUCGAUAAUCUCAAGGGAUUACUUGACUUACUUUCGUCACCCAUAUAGUAUCUUCUACACAUGCGAGUUCGAGUUGUAG